AUGGACUGUGCCGACUGCGUGGUAAAGGUCGGACGCGCUCUAGCGCAGCUUUCCUCAGUCACUCCUAUAAACGUGGACUACUUCAGUGGUCUUGCCGAGCUCCAGUAUGACGCCGAGGCUAUCACUCCCGCUGCCAUAAUCGCAUACGUCGCGCGUGCAACUGGUUUUGGUGUCAGGGCCUUGACUGCGACCUCUGGGAGCGGUGCGGCUGCCAUUGUCACGCUUCCCCUCUCUUUCUCGACAAUGCCUCCUCCUGAGGCCCUUGAUGGCUUUGAUACACGUUUUGGCUCGAAUCCUCACGUCAUCGAAGUUUCUUUUCCCGUUCAUAUAGACUCUCCCCACCGACCUCGCGAUGUUUUUGAACAGUUCAAGGCCUUCGGUGCUGAGCUCGUCCCUGCCGGGUCCGACGGGCACCACGACAUGGCCACCCACGACCUCAUCGUUGUGGGUAUCCGUACAAUCGCUUGUGGUGUCCUGUCCAUUCCUGUACUUGUACUCGCUUGGGCGAACCUGCCCUACCGACCAGUCCUUUAUAAUUCCAUCUCUGUUGGGUUCACCACACUUAUCCAGGGGGUCGCAUUCCCGAUCAUUUCUUCGGCCUAUCGUUCGAUAGUCUAUCUUCAUCAAGCCGAUAUGAGCGUUCUCGUUGCCAUCAGUACCCUUACCGCAUACAUCUUUUCUGUCGUCUCUUAUGCAUUUGAGGUUGCAGGCCGACCCUUUUCUCCCCCCUUCUUUGAGACCAGUGCUCUCCUUAUCACUCUCAUCUUCCUUGGACGCACCGUCUCCGCUGCCACGCGUCGGUCGACAGGUUCUGCCCUUCGAGAACUCCACAGGCUCCAGCAAGCUAGUGUCAUCCUCCUUUCAGACGAGAAGGGGGCACCACCUCAAAGUCUGGAUUCUCGCCUGAUUUACUACGGAGACAUCAUUCGCAUCCCUCCUGAGACUCGAAUCGUGACUGAUGGACUUGUCGUCAGUGGUUCGAGUGACGCGGAUGAGUCAUCUCUCACAGGCGAAAGUGUUGCUGUGCCUAAGCAGAAGGGCAGCCGCGUUAUCGCUGGCACGCUCAACCUCGGCGGCACACUCGACGUUCAGGUCACACAGCUCAUCCACGAAAACUCGCUCUCUCGUAUCACAGCCCUCGUCAAGCAGGCUCAGUCCUCACGUUCCCCUGCACAGGACCUCGCCAACAAGCUUUCAGCCAUAAUUCUUCCCGUAGCAGCCUUUUCCGCUUGUAUCGCAUUCCUUGUCUGGGUAAUUGUCAACCGCUAUGUUUUCCACUACUCGGCAACCACAUCCUCUGUCGAAGCUCUCACGUAUGCAAUUGCCAUUCUCGUCGUCAGCUGCCCUUGUGCUAUCGGUCUCGUUAUACCCAUGGUCACUUCUGUUGCGAUCCGGAUUGGAAUACGUGAAGGCGUCCUCUUUCGUUCAGCCGAUGCGCUACAGAGGGCACAUGACAUCGAUGUCAUAGCAUUUGAUAAGACCGGCACACUCACUCAGGGCUACUUUACCACGGAACAUGUUGAGAUUUUGGUCGAAGGUGCAGAGCAGAUUGUCAACGAGCUAAUCAAGGACAACAAACACCCUGUCUCUCAAGGUGUUCAUCGCUACGUCACCGCUCAUCUGGCUGCUGCUGCGACGCAACACCGUGGAGGCACUGUAACGGACAUCGUCUCUCUCCCAGGAAAGGGUAUCAAGGCUUCGGUCUGUGGGUUUCCUCUCCUAGGUGGAAAUCCCACAUUCACCGGUGCUUGCUCUCACCCGCUUUCCUCGAAACUUCAGUCAUCGGGCCUUACCCUUUUCACUGUUACACUCGCUGGUCAACCAAUCGCGUUCUUCGGUCUUGCUGAUACACCGCGACCAGAGGCGAAUGCUCUUGUAGUGGAGCUCACUCGUCGCGGCAAGGAUGUCAUGAUUUUUAGCGGUGACACAACAGCUGCUGUGCACCAUCUUGCAAAUACUAUCGGAAUCCCUCUCGACAAGACUUUUGCCUCAUUCACUCCUGAAGAUAAAGAUGCUGCGAUCGCCGCAUUGCAGGCCAAGGGUCAACGGGUCUGCUUUGUCGGUGAUGGUACCAAUGACGGGCCAGCGCUUUCUCGUGCUGACGUUGCGUUGGCCAUUGCGGCAGGCUCAGAUGUGGCACUUACUGCUGCUGGAGCUGUGCUUCUGGGCUCGGAUCUCCAUCGCGGUAUUCUCGCUCUGCUCGACAUUGCAACAGCGGUGCGUAUGCAUGCAUAUUGGGCCCUGGCGUGGUGCAUCUUCUACAACAUCUUUGCAAUCCUUUUUGCAUCGGGCGCGCUCAUCAAGGUUCGAAUCGAGCCUCGCUGGGCUGGAAUUGGUGAAAUAGUUAGUGUUCUCCCUGUAGUCGCCAUUGGAUUUGGGCUUGACGUCCGCUGGGCGUGGAGGAAAUCGCGUCUUGGAAUGCGUGGUAACAAUUAA